CUUAUUGUACUGUGUAAACUAUGGUUCCCUAUCUGAGGUGGAAGGAGAAAAUAAACCUAGAGAAAAGGAAGAUGAACCUGAUAAGGAAGAUGAAACAAUAAAUGAAACUGAAGAAGAUGAAACUGUAAAUGAAACUGAAGAUGAUUCUGGAGUAGAUAAACAUGUAGAAAAUGAACCUAAAGAAGAUAAAUCUGGAGAAGAUGAAUCUAAAGAAGAGGAAUCUGACGAAGAUGAAACUGAAGAGGAUGAAUCUGAAGACGAUGAAUCUGAAGACGAUGAAUCUAAAGAAGAUAAAUCUAAAGAAGACAAACCUGAAGAAGAUGAAACUAUAGAUGAACCUAAA